GGUACACUACGAAUCGACCUUCAAACACGGAGACAACAUGAAAGCUGUUGCAGCAGUCUUGCUGGUGCUGUGCUGCCUGGCCGUCACUCAUGCCUGGACCUGCGGGGGUGCUCCAAAUCUGAACAAUGCUUACCAGAUUGAAGCUGGGCAGGGGAAAGUGGUUGCAAGAGAUAGUAACUACUAUCCCUAUUUCCUGAUUGGGUCAUCUUGGACCAGAUUGGGCACUACGAGAAUGAAACACGUCACGGUGGGACCUGCAGGACUUUGGGGAGCUGGCACCAACAACAGGGUCUACAAAUAUGUAUCUGGCAACUUUGUGCAGUCCUCUGGGACGUCGAUGACACAGCUGGAUGCUGGAGGUGAUGACCAGCUUGUUGGAGUUUCCGGGUCACUCGCCUACUGUCUGAGAGCUAGCACAGCCUUGACCUACAGGUCAGGCUCCCUGUCCUGGACUUACCUGUCAAGGACUUUCAGGCACAUCAGCUGCAGCCCACAAAACGGGUGCUGGGGAGUCGACACAAGCUACCGAGUCUACCACACACGGACAAUGACAUCAACCUGUGGCGGUACUUCCUGGACCCAAGUAACAGGACUAAGCUUGAAAAUGGUUGAUGUGGGGACUGACGGAGCCGUUAUUGGAUUGACCACAGCAGGCCAGGUCUACCAAAGAGCUGGCAUCUCCAGUAGUCGCCCUAGUGGAACCAGUUGGACCAACAUCGCCAUGUGCAUGACAAUCCGCAGCCUGAGCUAUGACCUGAGAACCCUUUGGGUCGUUACCAGCUCUGGUAUUAUCAUAAAGUGCACACACUAAUCCAACCUGUAUGGCAGGUGCUCAGUGUGCAACAUUCUAGUUUGGCAUUGAAGAUUACAUUUU